GGUCUUACAGCUUGACAAUGUUUUCCAGAUCCACGCUGUUCGUAGGGAUCCUAGCCAUUGGCCUGGUCACUGGCCUGGGCAUUGGUCCCAAACUAAAGGUUUCGAAACUGAAACUGCCGAUCACCAAAAAGCUCGAAAGUCUGCACCAGCAAACAGAGGUCCUGGCUGCUCUCGAGCCCACCAAAUCCCAGUCCUGCUUCAACUACUAUACCCCGAUCCUUAACAAGUACACGUUCAGGUACGAGGUGGACUUUGACUUGUGUCUGUCGGUCUUCAAUAGCUCCAGUACCGAGGUAACCGAAGCCUGGAACAGCACUCUGUACCAAAUUCAGAAUGGUGGGGAUAAGGGAUGCUCAGAGUUCAAAGAAUGUAGGAGUUUUUCGGACCUCGACUUGGCUUUCAGGUGUUUCGCCGAAUCGGGCGCAGAACAAUCGAAAGUUCUUUUCCAAGUGUCUGCUAAUGUCACCGAGGUUGCUUCUUUUGUGAAGAUCAGUCUACUGACCCUCCAGACCCAGUUGGAUUCCUGUGUGAAUCAUGCUCAAAGGGAAUACAUUGAGGACACUUCUAGCACCUACGAACAAUUGAAUAAUUGUCUUAAAGGAGCCCCUCUUCCUGAAGUGACUACUACUACUACAACUACUACUUACACUACUCCUGAGCCUACUCAAAGCACUUAUUAAAUUUUAUUUGUGGAAUAAAAAAAACUUUAGAUUG